GGCUCCCAUAAAUGACCUGAUCAGCCUCUUUUUUUCAGUCAUGGGGUGCAGACAGCAGAGAGUGCUUCAGUUUUUGACCUUCGUUUCUUGCCUCUUGGCCUUCACUUCACCUGCUGCAGGUCAGAUCAGACUAGCUGGGUCUGGGUCCACUCGGUGCUCUGGAAGAGUUGAAAUCUAUCACAGUGGCUCCUGGGGAACAGUCUGUGACGAUAACUGGGACUUAAAUGAUGCUAAGGUGGUCUGUAGACAGCUGGGCUGUGGGGCAGCAGAGAGUGCCACUCAGUCUGCUCAUUUUGGUCAAGGAAGUGGACAAAUCUGGCUUGAUGAAGUGGCCUGUUCAGGAAGUGAAAGUUCUCUAACUGAGUGUGGACACAGUGGAUUUGGGACACACAACUGUGGACAUGAUGAGGACGCUGGUGUUGUUUGCUCAGCACCUCAGAUCAGGUUCGCUGGGUCUACUUCAUGUUCAGGAAGAGUAGAAUUCUACUACAACAGUUCGUGGGGAACGGUCUGUGACGAUAACUGGGACUUAAAUGAUGCUAAGGUGGUCUGUAGACAGCUGGGCUGUGGGACAGCAUUGGAGGCCACUUCAUCUGCUCGCUUCGGUCAAGGAAGUGGACAAAUCUGGCUUGAUGAAGUGGCCUGUUCAGGAAGUGAAAGUUCUCUAACUGAGUGUGGACACAGUGGAUUUGGGAAACACGACUGUAGACAUGGUGAGGAUGCUGGUGUUGUUUGUUCAGGUCAGAUCAGACUAGCUGGGUCUGGGUCCACUCAGUGCUCUGGAAGGGUUGAAGUUUAUCACAGUGGCUCCUGGGGAACAGUCUGUGACGAUGACUGGGACUUAAAUGAUGCUAAGGUGGUCUGUAGACAGCUGGGCUGUCGGAAAGCAGUGAAGGCCACUCAGUCUGCUCACUUUGGUCAAGGAAGUGGAAAAAUCUGGCUUGAUAAUGUGGGCUGUUCAGGAAGUGAAAGUUCUCUUUCUGAGUGUCGACACAGAGGAUUUGGGACACAGGACUGUAACCAUGGUGAAGAUGCUGGUGUUGUCUGUUCAGGUUCUCAGAUCAGAUUAGCUGGGUCCACUCAGUGCUCUGGAAGAGUUGAAAUCUACCACAGUGGUAACUGGGGAACGGUGUGUGAUGAUGACUGGGACUUAAUUGAUGCUGAAGUGGUCUGCCGACAGUUAGACUGUGGAACAGGCCUGUAUGCCACUAGGUCUGCUUCUUUUGGUCAAGGAGCUGGAAAAAUCUUGCUCGAUGACGUGAGCUGUUCAGGAAGUGAAAGUUCCCUAAGUGAUUGCCAGCACAGAGGAUUUGGGAUGCACAACUGUGGACAUGGUGAAGAUGCUGGUGUCAUCUGUUCAGGUCAGAUCAGACUAGCUGGGUCUGGGUCCACUCAGUGCUCUGGAAGAGUUGAAGUCUAUCACAGUGGCUCCUGGGGAACAGUCUGUGAUGAUGACUGGGACAUAAAUGAUGCCAACGUGGUCUGUAGACAGCUGGGCUGUCGGAAAGCGGUGAAGGUCACUUCAUCUGCUGACUUUGGUCCAGGAAGUGGGAAAAUCUGGCUUGAUAAUGUGGCCUGCUCAGGAACUGAAAGCUCUAUAACUGAGUGUGGACACAGUGGAUUUGGGACACACAACUGUGGACAUGGCGAAGACGCUGGCGUUGUCUGUGCUCAUAUCAGAUUAUCCGGGUCUGGGUCCACUUGGUGCUCUGGAAGAGUAGAAAUCUACCACAGCAGUGUGUGGGGAACAGUCUGUGAUGAUGGCUGGGACUUAAAAGAUGCUGAAGUGGUCUGCAGAUCCUUAGACUGUGGUACAGCCCUGAGUGCCACUUCAUCUGCCCUUUUUGGUCAAGGAAGUGGACAGAUCUUGCUUGACGAUGUGGCCUGUUCAGGGAGUGAAAGUUCUCUAACUGAGUGUCAGCACAGAGGAUUCGGGACACACGACUGUAACCAUGGUGAAGAUGCUGGUGUCGUCUGUUCAGCAAGUCUCCCAAAACCCAGCAUCUCUGUAAAUGAAGGACAGGUUAGCUGGGGUCAGAACAUCAGCAUCACGUGUUCCGUCUCAUCUGAGUUCUUAGAUGGAACUUUCACCCUCAAGAAAACCUCAAGUAAUUUCAGUCAGACUGAAACAGGAUCCAGAUCUGCUACCUUCAAUAUCCACAGAGUGGACUUCAGUGAUAAGGGACUGUACCAGUGUCAGUAUGAGAAACGCAUUUCAAGUAACACAUUCAGCUCCCCCCUCAGUGACUCUGUCAGAAUCUCUGUUACUGUAAGCAAACCCAAUAUCUCCAUCAGUCCUGCUGGUGAGGUGACCUGGGGUCAGAACAUUGGAAUCACUUGUUCAUUCUCAACUCAAACUUUAGGUGGAACGUUCAUUCUGAUGAAAACAUCAGAUUCAUUCAACAGGACCCAAAACUCAAACACAAACUCUGCUACCUUCAAUAUUCCUGAAGUAGACUUUGAUGAUGAGGGAUCGUACCAGUGUCAGUAUCAGGAAAGCGUACCAAGUCAUGAAUUUUACUCCCCAACAAGUGACUCUGUUAGGCUCUCUGUUACAGUGAGACUGCAGAGGCCCAGCAUCUCCUUGACGUCUCCUAAUGCAGGACUUGUCUGGGGUCCUGAAGGUGCACAGAUCACCAGGGGUUACAGCUUCAUCCUCACCUGUUCCAUUAACUCCACAUUUUCCAGUGGACAUUUUAUUCUCAGCUUCUCUGGCUCCAACCUCACAGAGCCAGCAGUCAACAACUCAGCCUCCUUUAGUUUCCCUGUAGCUGAGUAUGAACAUCAGGGCAACUACAGCUGUGUGUACGAGGUCACAGUGUCCACACGGACAUUCAGAUCUGCUGAAACUGCACCGAUUACUGUCAUCAUUAAAUUGUCUUUGAUGCCGCUGGUGUCCUCUGUAUCUGUUGUAAUCCUGCUGCUGCUCCUGCUGCUGCUCUUAGCGGUGUUGCUGAUCCUCAGAAGAAGACGACAACUCAAGCAGCCUGUAGCUCUCAUCCAAACUCAAAUGGUUGUCCAAGUUGGGAAUGACUACACGUGGGCAGACAAUGAGGGCGAUGAGGAGGUCUAUGUGAAUGUUGAUCUGCAUCAAAAAAUAAAAGGUGAAGCUGCAGGAGAGGAUGGAGACUGGAGCGAUGACUAUGAGGAGCCAGUGAAUGAUGACGACUGUGAUUUUAAGGAAACAGAUCCCAGUGACUAUUACAGAUGUCCAAAAGAGGCCUGUAUGUUUGUAGACAAUCACAGGGAAGAAGAUGAUGAUGAAGAGAAAACUAGUCAUGCAGAAGAUGUCUUUGAGAAUGUAUCCCCUCCAUCACCAGUUUAUUAACAUUCAUAAUGACCUGAAUCGCACAAACAUCAAAAAUACAACCACACCGAAAAUACCUGCAGGCCAAUAAAUGUUCACCAGUGUCGUAUGGGUUCUAUUUCUUCAAUAUACCAUUCUUUGUAACAAUAUUUCCCUGAUAUAAUGAAGUCAUUUAGCAAUUAAUCUUGUAUUAUGUGAUCCAAACUGAAGUACAUCAAGUACUUUUAAAUUACAGUUAUUUUCGAUUCCUUGUGGCAUACCUUCAAGUUAAAGGAAUCAUCUUCGGCCCAAUGCCUUUGGUGGUCACCUGACUUCACAAUAUCCUGAUCUGUGAGUUUGAUAUCGGUUCUUAUUUAAAGGUUCCCCUUCUGGAUCUCUGCAGGCUGCAUGUCAAAGCUAAAUGUGAAGGGUGUGUGGAGGGAGGCUCUAAUGAUUGUAAAACUGGUUAUUGAAGUGUAUAGUUGAAAUUGGGCUUUGUCCCCUGAGGUUCUCGUCAGAUCUGCUCCUUGUUCGUGACGCCCAGUUUCAAAAUAUCAGGAGAAAAUUGGCAAAAUUGCUCAUCUUGAAGCUUUAUAGUGGGACUAAAACCAAUGGGUGAUGUCAACCGUUCUAAGGUUAUUCUUUCCUCUAACAUUAAAACAUCAGAAUUUCAACAAGUUCAACAUUUUAUUUACACUGUAAGAAAAUAUUAGUUUUUUACCCUACAUAUUGAAAUCCUCGUAUUCCAAGUAGCCUUUGAC